UUGACACUACAAAUGUCGGCUAGAAGACUAUCUACUGAAAACCCUAAUUAUUGCAACUAUGCUUUAUUCUGUCCCGUAUUUUAUCUCGUAUGUAACAAACAUCUUGGAUUGUGAAAUGGGCAACACAACCAUAUAAAAACUACCGUUGCCCUUGCGGUGCUUUUUUUUCCACUAAUUUCCUUUCUUUCCGAAUUUUUCGACAAACUGAAGCCCCGGCAUUCAAAUAUGUCGCUUCAAGAAUUUCAAAACGGUAUGGAUUCUUUCAACAACGGAACUCAUCAAAAACCGAAUGACACAGUGAAAUUGCUGUUCAUCGGAGCUCCUUUGCUAGACAUGGUAGUCCUGGUAGGAGAAGAAACUCGAAGACAAUAUGGAUUGAAGAGAGAUGAUUCCAUACUUGCCAGGGAUGAACACAACAGUCUGUUCCAAGAGAUCUUUCAUAAUCCAAAAUCUCGCCUGGCAGCGGGUGGAUCAUCCCAGAAUGCAGCCCGCAUCGCCAAAUGGAGCUUGGAAGUAAAAGGAGAAGUCGCCAUUGCCGGUAGCACCGGAUGUGACGACUACGAAGUAUGGCUACGAAACAAACUUCAGACAGAAGGUGUCACGCCACUGUACGUCAAACUUCCUGAAGAAAGAACAGGUAUCUGUGCCUGCCUGCUUUCCGACGAAGGCGAGAGGUCCAUGGUCGUUCGACAAGGUGCAGCAGCGCUGUUCAGAGCUGAACACUUAAAGACAGAUGUCAUUCAUCCAUACGUCGAGAGUUCCCACUGUGUUUUUGUUGAAGGAUACUUCAUAGUUCAUUCUCCAGAUGUUGUCUUUUAUUUUGCUGAACAUCGGUCUUCUUCGCAGAUUUUCUCCUUGAGUUUAUCCGCCGAAUACGUCUGUCGACAGUACUGCAAGUCCUUACAGGCGGUAAUUCCUAAAGUGAAUGUACUGUUUGGCAAUGAGGCAGAAGUGAAGGCUUUAGCGGAAGCCAUGAGUGGCAGAGGUGACCUUACAGUGGAAGAAUGUGUGACACUAAUCCAUCGCCAUCAGAUCUCUGAAACAGGCGAAUCUCGCAUAUUUGUGGUCACUCGUGGCUCCAAGCCUCUGCUCGUGGUCCAAGGGGGCGGCGGUCAUCAACUGUUCACGAUUAAACCUGUGGAAAAUGUGGUUGACAGUGUGGGAUGCGGCGAUGCCUUGGCCGGGGCUUUUCUCGCCAACUACAUUCGCACGCACAAUGUUGAAUCGGCUAUAGAAGAAGGCAUCGAGGCAGCAAGGCAGAUUCUUCAAGUGACUGGUUGUGAACUUCCACGGAAAGAAAGUUGAUGGAAUAUAUUCAGUAUUGUUAUGUAACAGAUUUUCUCUGCCGGUUCACACACAUCUUAAACCUUUUUUGGAUAGAUGUACGACGAUUGGCGACGGUAAAAUAAAUAAUGUAACAGAUCUAUGCAUUAUCACGAUAAGUAAGAAGUUCGAUUUAUUGAUAAGCUAAAUAAGCUAGAUUAAUUGAUAAAUAUGUACUGAGUGAGAAAUCAGGCAUUUUACUUCUUUGUAAAUAUAUAUUCUAAAACCACCAAAUCUUACAAAAUGUUUUCUUUUUUUAAUCUGAGAAAGUUUUAUUAGAGAUUAAAGACUUUGUUUUAAGAUUAUCUUCCCAGUCAUCACUUUGAAUUAUAACACUAUCAUCUUUCAAAUUCUAAUUGAAUAUUCUUAAAAUAUAUUCUAUAAGGACGAAAAUUGAAGAGUGGUAAAAAUAAAUGCGUUUUAAAACUGAAAUUUUGAUUCAGAAAUAGGGAAACUGCUUCUUUUCUUUUUUUUAAUUACAGCAAAACAAAAAUUUUCUUUCAUCGAUUGUCAUUUUCUGCUCCCAUGGGCUUUAUUACUACUUCUAGAAAAUGUGAUUGUUUAGACGAAUUGUUAUAAUGCUAAUAAUAUUUCAGAAAUUAUUGUCACAGAUUAACUAACGAUGUUGUGGUAGAAAAUCUCAUAUUCUUUGGCAAAAGUGUUUAAGGAAUGAUAUUUGUAGUUGUAUUAUUUGUAGUUCAUUUGAGAUGUAAAUAUAUAAUAAACUUUAAAAUUUUGUUACUCA